AUGGACGAGGUCAAGGUUCCUCGCAGUUUCAAGCUUAUUGAUGAGCUUGAAAGGGGCCAGAAGGGAUGUGUAAGUGACGGCGUUUCAUUUGGCCUCGAGAGACCUGACGAUAUUACCCUAACCAACUGGUCCUGUACUAUCUUAGGAUAUCCAGGGACCAAUUAUGAAAAUCGUAUCUAUUGUUUAUCAGUUGUUUGUGAUGAUGAUUACCCAGAUAAACCUCCCAAAUUAAAAUUUUUAACUAAAAUAUCACUAACAGGAGUGGAUUCAAAAGGAAAUGUGAUUGCCGAAUAUUUUAGCACAUUAAAAUACUGGAAAAGACAGUUAACUAUUGAAUCUGUUCUUGUCGAUAUUAGAAGACAAAUGUCAAGUCAUAUUAAUAGAAGACUACCUCAACCUGAAGAAGGAACAACUUAUGAUUAA